CCAGACGUUGUUUGCCAACCUCCAAUAAAAACCCACUAAGAAGAAGAAGAAGGAAAAAAAAAAACGGGCCGAGAUAAAAUAAUAUGUAGCCAGUUUGUUUGGAUGAUCGGAUGCAGGUUUCUAUCUUCAAACGCUGUCAGUCAAGUGGAUACAUAUCGAGCAAUUUGUUGCACAUCGUCCACGAAUGUUCGGCUAUGUGGUGUUGUCAAUGUGACGUGAGGAGGCUAGAGGGAGGCAAGUCCAUGACACCAUGAGUCCUCCAGCUCUGCCCGUGGUCUUCUGCUGUUGUCACAGGAAAAUCUGGCUGCAUUCACCAGCAGGCGGCAAACCCAUCUCCGUUCCCUCUCAAUAAUUAUCUGCCUCCGCUUGAUGCUAUGGAAGGACAAGCAUAAUGAACAGAUACACCAACAUCAGACAGCUCGGGGAUGGCACCUACGGCUCCGUCAUCCUCGGACGCAGUCUGGAGUCAGGGGAGCUUGUUGCCAUAAAGAAAAUGAAAAGAAAAUUCUACUCCUGGGAAGAAUGCAUGAACCUCCGUGAAGUCAAAUCCUUAAAGAAACUCAAUCAUGCUAACGUGAUCAAACUGAAGGAGGUGAUUCGAGAAAACGAUCACUUGUACUUCAUCUUUGAGUACAUGAAGGAAAAUUUAUAUCAGCUAAUGAAAGACAGGACCGGCUUGUUCCCCGAGUCUGCUGUAAGAAAUAUCAUGUUUCAGAUUCUACAGGGGCUAACGUUCAUUCAUAAACAUGGGUUUUUCCACCGGGACAUGAAACCUGAGAACCUCCUGUGUAUGGGCCCAGAGCUGGUGAAGAUAGCCGACUUUGGGCUCGCCAGAGAAAUCCGAUCCCAACCCCCGUACACAGAUUAUGUCUCCACUAGAUGGUACAGAGCUCCAGAGGUGCUCCUCAGAUCCACAUCCUACAGUUCUCCCAUAGACCAGUGGGCUGUGGGCUGCAUCAUGGCGGAGCUUUACACCCUCAGGCCUCUUUUCCCAGGAUCCAGUGAAAUAGACACCAUAUUCAAGAUAUGCCAAGUUCUUGGGACACCUAAGAAGAAUGAUUGGCCAGAAGGAUAUCACCUGGCCUGUGCUAUGAAUUUCCGUUGGCCUCAGUGUGUCCCCAGUAAUCUGAAGAUACUGAUCCCUAAUGCCAGUCCUGAAGCCAUCCACCUGAUGACAGACCUGCUGCAGUGGGACCCCAAGAAGAGACCAGGCUCUGCCCAGGCUCUCAGGUACGCGUACUUCCACGUGGGCCAGGCUUUGGGCACUCCUCAGCAGAUCCUAGAGCAGGGCAGACCUCAGCCGGGCCACAUGCCGAUGCAGGUUCCUCUACAGCCACAACAGACUCUGCAGCACCAACCUCUGCUGCUUAAACCUGUGCUGCCUCUGUCCCAGCCUCCACCUCUAAACCAACACUGCCCCCCAUCCAGACCCCUCCAGCAGAUCCAGCCCUCCCCUGUACCACCCGCUGCUCAGGCGGCGGCGUACCAACGGCACACGGAGCUGGUGAGAGAGCAGCAAUCGAAGCACAUGCUGAAGCAGGAGCAGACUGCAGGGACGCCUCAGAGCCAUCUACCUUACAUCGUUGACAAAAAUCUCCAGGGCAAGCAAUCAAGACAGGAGACAGAAAACUCCAACCUGCUGGGCUACCAGUUAAAACCUAAAGGAGGGCGGAGACGCUGGGGCCACGGCACGGGACACCUGAAAGGAGAAGACUGGGACGACUACGAGGACACUCAUCUGACACCCAUCAGUCUUCUCGGGAAGAACAACUUCCCCACGGAGAAGUCGAGGCAGCAGGAGGACGCGCUGAGCAGAUACGGAAACGCUCUGGAUUUCAGUCGACCCAAAGUAAAAGAAGACGCACCUUUGAACCUGAACAAGACUUCAUCCUACCAGGAGCCAACAAGAACCGCUUCAGCUAAGCAGCAUUACUUGAGGCAGUCCAGAUAUUUACCUGGCAUUAGCACAAAGAAGAACGUCGCCAUAAACGCCAGUAAAGACUUCAGCGGCAGCCAUCUUUGGGGGAACAGCAGUAUUCCAUUUGGAGGGACUCUGCCGAGCAGAGGCGCUCACGGUACCAACACAAUCCCAGGAGGAUACAUGCCGUCGUUUUACAAGAAGGACCAAGGCUCUGCUGGUCACAGAGGGCAUCAGGGUCCUUCAGUGGAAUCAACACCAACAAAUUAUGCAACGUGGCAGUCCGGUCGAAGGCACAUGAGCACCUCUGCCAGCACAUCGAUGGUCAACAAGAGCACCCCCGGUCUGCUGCCUCGCCCUCCGGUUCAGACCAUCCACGGUCGAACAGACUGGUCUGCCAAAUACGGACACCGCUAGUGCCCUCCACGGAGCUGUGACCUGCGCUCCUCACCACUCUUUCACCUCCAAAGAGUAGGCCUAGUUGUUUUAUAAUCAGCCUGUACAUACAUCUUACACAGCAAUAAUCUCUUUUUGUUUUAUGUGAAUGUUAUUAUGGAUGUUGUGGGUUGUAAAAUAUCAAAGUGUAUGUGUAAAGCCAAAUGCAAUCGGCCAAAAUUUGAGCCUAGAUUUGCUCCUCAGUGUUUUUAUUUUGUACGUCUGUAACAUAAUGUGACAUCGUCUGGAUUCCAGACGGUGUUUCGAGUUGAGUAAAGUUAUUAAAUGCAAGUGGUGGCCACAUUGUGCUAUUUUUUCUUUUGCAAGUAAAAGGUAAAAGUUCAUAUAUUCUACUUGACCUUUGAGUGUGAUGAUUGAGCUACCAGUUAUUAAGCAUAAUGAAACUUCUAUCUGGGUACCGACACGUAACAUUCGUGUGAUUUUUCAAGAAAUCACUGAUUUUAGCUCUUUAAAAAAAUGCUUACAUAUAAUCUAUCCGUACAUUUUCUUCAUGUGGGCAGCAGCUGCACCAGUAAUAGCACAGCAGCCCUGGAAAUUUAAUCCACUGGAGAUUAUCUGUCUGUAGAAGCUCUCUGUUAAUGCUAUACACACAUAAAUCCAGUACAUCCAGUCAUGCUAUGUCCGGUUUCUGGUUAUUACAGUGAGCACAUUAUUAUAGUUAAAGAUGGAUUUCAUAAAAACACAGUAUGCAGAGUGUCUGUGAAGGUUCUCAGUAUGCGCACAACAUGUAUGGUUUGAACAAUGAAAUAAAAAAUGCGUGUAAA